AUGACGUCGUCCGAAAUUUCGACCGUUAAAACAAUCGCGCAAAUCAACGAUGAGACGCGUCUCUUUAUCCUGGUCGCUGGGGUGAUAGCUAAGAGCGAACCACGUUUUUUCAGCAGCCACGCAAAGAGCCGUGGUAACUUCGAGGCUGAAUCGAACGAUACCAGCAUCGGAACGGCACGUGGUGUAAUAACGCUAACGCUUCGCGAUUCUGAACGUGACACGAUCAACUGCACCGUUUGGGGAAAAUCAGAUACAAUCACACACUACGAUAACUCGUUUGAGGUUGGAGAUGUGGUUAAUGUGAAUCGGCCGCAGGUUUCUUCCACAAUGUUUAGAAGAUCAGAACAGUACUCACCGACCGUCACAUCACCGUACUGCCUGACGAUAAACGAUCAGACGCAGGUUGCACAAAUAACACGCCACGAGGGCACGCAGGAGCUGCAACGAUUUAAAGCUCUGCUUAAGGUGCCGCUAGUGCAGCCCGGGACCACUAUACCGCUGGCAGACAUAGUAGCAGGCGGUUCCGGAUGCAAUGGAGAAACGUUCAACGUGCUCGUGGUUGUACGGGCGUUACGUGCGAAAAGGGAUAUUCGAGUGGCGCGAACUAACCAGAUUAAAUCGUUCCGCGAGGUAGUACUGAUGGACUGUAGUCAUUCCGGUGUGCUGAUGAAGUUCUGGUCCGAUAGCUACAUAAGAUGGUCCGAGCGGUGGACACCUCUGCAGACAGUACUACUCAUAGUGGACGCUAGGGUGGAGUUUAGUGAUUACUACAAAACCAUCUGCCUGGCGGUGGACAGGAAGACGAUCAUCACGCAGGAUCCCAGUCUGCCACAGUUGAACAAUCUACUGAAUCAUGCGCAGACCAUUCCUAAGCAGGACAUUGAUGUUGUCUGCUCGCUAUCAUCUGGUGCUGUUGAUCCUUCCACCAUUAACACGGUUAUGACCGUGCAACAGAUACACGAUCGGACGGAAGGUGACUGCGUUCAGGAGCAGGAUCAAUUUACCGUCCUCUGCUACGCCAUGAUAACUCGACUCGAUCUGGACGGCCCUUCCCGGAUCGUAAGCGAACGUUGUGUGCUCUGCCGCACGCUUAUACGCGGACAGGAUAUAGCUUGUCCCAAAUACGACUGUCCAGGGCAUACAUCAGGUGCUGCUCGAGAAUCGUUUUUCGACAUUACCGUCGACAUUACGGACCACACUGGAACGUUGACCGGUUGUCGGAUGGUUAGCCGGGUGGCUGAAUCCGUACUGAACUGUGAUGUGGCUACAUUUAAGCGCCAAAGUGUCGAACAGAAAACGCUGCUCAAGUGGAAGUUUCUGCUGGAUCGAUGUGCUGUUCGGCUGGUAGUAAAGAGACGUUCGGCGGUACGAUUUCAGAAUCUGUUUUCUAUCGUUGAUUGUACCAUUGCCGAUCCGGCCGAAGUGGAAGAAAAGUUAAAGGUAUACUGA